UAAUUAGCUUACAGCACUCCAUAACAUUCACAGGUUAGCUCACAGCUAUCUCUGGCUAUCCAACUUCCUUGUCGCCGAAAACUAGACGAAAGGAAACGAAACAUCACACGAUCAUCUCAGCUUCCGCAACUCCAUGGACUGUCAACAACUUUUGUUCACCGCCAGAGAAUACCAGCACAGCAGGGGUGCACUGAAGCACGACCGCCAUUUGUGUUUGUGUUUUGUUUGCGAGCUCGACCCACGAGCUCAGCUCUAAGGUUAGCCCAUCAUGGCAUGGAAAGCCUCGGAGCGCUUGAUGGAUACCAUCAAGCAUUAUGCCAACUUCCCGGCCACUGGAGUGAGCCUGCGACAGAUGGUACAAUUCGGCGAGAAGCCCUCGACUGGAACCUUAUUCCGCGCCUCCCAAUUCCUCGCCGAAGAACUCCCAAUUCGUCUCGCACAUCGAGUUCAGGAGCUCCAUACCCUUCCAGAUGGACUCAACGAAAUGCCCUCGGUCAAAAAGGUUGCCGACUGGUAUGCACAAUCAUUCGAGGAGAUCACUACCCUCCCACGGCCCGAGCUAGGCGGCCAAGUACGGGAAAGACUCCUCAAGCCUAGCGCUUCUAAUGGUAAACGACUGUCUGAUGCGAUACCGAAUCCCAGUCUUGAGGAAGGUCAAUACACUUCAUUUAACAACGGCAAUGGCACCAGUGCUGGCCGGAAGCAACAAGCCGCCAGGAGGUACUUCGCAAUGGUCGAUGACACAUGUGACUGGCCGCCAGACUUGAAGGCCUACAACCAGAGAUUCUCUCAGACUCUCAAGACGAUCAAGAGGAGGCACGACGGCGUCGUGACAACCAUGGCGCAGGGCAUUCUCGAAUACAAGCGGAAGCGCCAACGUAUGCAGAUCGACAACAACAUACAAUCCUUCCUCGAUCGCUUCUACAUGUCCCGGAUAGGGAUUCGUAUGCUCAUUGGACAGCACAUUGCACUUACAGACCAAAGCCAUCACCGGGACCCAGCCUACGUCGGUAUCAUCUGCACCAAGACCAACGUUCGGGAUUUGGCCGAGGAAGCAAUUGAGAAUGCUCGCUUUGUAUGCGAGGACCACUACGGACUAUUCGAGGCCCCGAAAAUCCAGCUUGUUUGCAACCCCAAUCUCAACUUCAUGUACGUGCCGGGCCAUUUGUCGCACAUGCUCUUCGAAACAUUGAAGAACUCGCUCCGCGCUGUGGUCGAGACCCAUGGACAAGAUAAGCAAGAGUUUCCGGUGACCAAGGUUAUCAUUGCCGAGGGCAGAGAGGAUAUUACCAUCAAGAUUUCGGACGAAGGUGGCGGCAUUCCCCGAAGUGCUAUACCCCUGGUCUGGACUUACAUGUACACCACCGUGGACCGGACACCGAAUCUAGAUCCCGACUUUGACAAGAACGACUUCAAGGCACCUAUGGCUGGAUUCGGUUAUGGCCUACCUAUCUCGAGGCUCUAUGCUCGCUACUUUGGCGGUGAUUUGAAGCUGAUCUCUAUGGAAGGAUAUGGCACGGAUGUGUACUUGCACUUGAAUCGUCUUUCGAGCUCGUCGGAACCUCUGCAAUAGCAAUCAGCAGUCAUGAGGGAAUGGAUGUCCCGAGGAUUGGCGUCGAAGGUGUACAACAAUAGAGGAAAACGAUUAAAAGCGUUCCAAGAAGUAUCUGCACGAAAGCAGGU